GACCAAAUUGAUUAUCAGAUGUAUUAUAUGCCAAUUCCCACCUCCAAAAAUUAGAAAGUUUCAAAUUUUACCCACCAAGAUCCUUUAAAAAUUGAAUCUUUUCUUUCUUGAUCUCUCAAAUUUUUUCUAAAUUUGUUGACAUAUCAAUCUUUCCUAAUACCCCAUUUGGGAAAAAUGCAUGAUUUUUGCUUUACAAUCCCUUAUGGGUUGAUUCUUGUGUGUGGUGGAAUUUUUGGAUAUUUCAAGAAAGGAAGCUUAGCUUCACUAGGUGGAGGUUUGGGUACUGGUUUUUUGCUUGUUUUAGCUGGUUACUUGAGUCUCCAAGCAUUUCACAAGCGCAAAAACUCUUACUUUGCUUUGAUUCUUGAAACAGUUUGUGCUGCUAUGUUAACAUGGAUCAUGGGACAGCGGUACAUGCAAACUUCAAAGAUAAUGCCAGCUGGUGUCGUUGCUGGUAUCAGUGUGGUAAUGACUGUAUUUUACCUUUAUAAGAUCACCACGGGUGGAAACCAUUUCCCUUCUAAAGCUGAAUAAUGGCAUUUCACUAUAACCGCGGUUUCAGCUCCAGACUCUUUGUAGUUUGUACUGAGAAGAGCUGGACUCUUAUUGCGUAUAGUAUACGGCCAAACUUACACACUGUUUUAUUUUAUUUUAUUGAACUGAACAGCAUUGUCUCAAUGAGUAGAAUUUGAAUUUGUGGUACUGUUCUUGGCAUUUUUUCUUUGAUUCAGCAUUUGAAUUUGCAGCUAAGGUGUAAUUUCUGGCUGUUAAAUGAAAUUACAAUCAACAAAUGAAGUGAAUCUCCAAAAACAACUUGGAAAGAAAUUUAUAAAAUAGUUAGAUUAACCAUAA